GUCUGUUGAUGAUGGUUUGUUGGAAUCUAAGUUAGAGGAUUAAACCAGAAUGCAGUUUGCAAUUGAGUUUACUACUGAUUUUACUAGGAAAUCUUCAUUUACAUAAGAACUUUCAUUCAGUGUUAAGAAAAUAAAAGGAUGAGAUUUUCACAGACUUUUUUAGGCAAGCAUUUAUAUAAAAUAAGCAAUGUUUGUUGCUAUUAAUAAAGAAAUAAGUAUUGUCAUUAAAUAAUCUGAUAGUUUCCAAAUAGAAAACUGUUAGUAUGAUUUAAAACAGUUACAUUCUUCCAUUUUGAAAUUAUUAAAAUCACUUGCCUUUUGUUUAAAUUUUAGAGUACUGUUGCCAAUGAAGGUCUCCAAUUGAAGUAAAACCUGGCCAAAUGUUACUUGUUCGUUUAUUUUCUUAAAGUUUGUGCUUCUGAUAUAAGCGUGUGUUCUGUGUAAUGUUGACUGAAUUCUCAACAUGUUGUUUCAUUGAACUGCUUUACGUUUUAUGUAAGAUUUCUGAAAUUUUGUAAAGUUUAAUUAUUUUAUAUUAAUGCAAAAUUAGGAAGAGCCUUUUUUUUUGUUUAAAUAAUAGAAGUACAGAAUGCGAUUAUUUUGAUACAGAAAGCGUUGAUAUAAUGCUUUAAGAAAAGAGGAAACAUUGACUGAGAAAAAGAGUAAUUUUUGACUCGAAUAUUAAUAUAGAGGACAAAUCACUGCAAUAGAAUGAAAUAUUGUUAAAAGUAAACACAGAACGAUUGCAAGACUCCUGUUCUAAAAUCAAGCAAGGAAAUAUGGAUAGAAUAUCUGUGAAUAGGUUUUCAUUUCGUAGAAAGGGAAGUCAUAAAAAAGAUAAACACAAAGACGAGAAUCAUGAAGAUAAAAUUGAAGAGCAUGAGCAACCAAAGGUGAAAUGUAUCAGUCAAAAAGAGGCACAAGACAUAGACCAAGAAUUGUUCACAGAGUUUGCCUUUAGUGUGGAUCAGUUGAUGGAACUGGCUGGUUACAGUUGUGCUGUCGCUAUAGCAAAUUGUUACCCUGUAGAAAAGAUGACAAAAGACAGCCAUGCUGUUCUAGUUUGUUGUGGACCUGGAAACAAUGGUGGUGACGGCCUUGUUUGUGCCAGACAUCUUAAAAUGUUUGGAUACAAGCCAACAAUCUUCUACCCAAAGAGACCAAACAAGCCUUUAUUUGACAGCCUGUACAAGCAGUGUGAAGGGUUAGAUAUGCCUGUCUUAUCGUUCUUCCCUUCAGAGGCACACUUAAUCACAGACUCGUACAAUUUUGUUGUAGAUGCAUUAUUUGGAUUUAGCUUUAAAGGGCCAGUAAGACCAGAGUUUGAAUCAGUUAUGGAAACCUUGAAGAAAGUGGAGUCUCCAAUCUGCAGUAUAGAUGUUCCAUCUGGAUGGGAUAUAGAACACGGUGAUGAGAAUGGAUUGAAACCAGAGAUGCUUAUCUCCCUUACUGCUCCAAAACUUUGUGCAAAAUUAUUCAAAGGCAAGCACCAUUACCUAGGUGGACGAUUUGUUCCUAAAACUCUCGAACAGAAAUACGAGUUAAAUUUACCCGCUUAUCCGGGAACCAACUGUGUUGUUGAAUUAAAACUGGAACCAGAAGAUACAGAAUGUCAGAACAGCAGUGACAAUAAAGGCGAACACUAGGACAGUUCUAUAGGAUUUCUUUACUUUAGAUUGGGUAUCUUUUGCUGUGCUUUUACCCUUUGCUAAAAUUAAUAGAUACAGAGACUUGCAAAUUCAAUUAAAGAAAAUUACUUUGCAUUAUGUUUUAUUAAAUCACGGAAAGAGCAAACUGAGAUUUUGGAUUCUUUUUACAGUAUAUAUAAGACUUUUGGCUGAUAAAGCACAAAGGAUACUCAGUCUGUAUUUCUGUAUUAUCUUGUUUGAUAUUCAAAUAUUUAGUUUACCUUGUUAAGAAAUUUGCUUAAUAUACCUGCCCACUGAUAUAUCCCUGAAAUGGAGUUCACGGUUGCAUCAGAGGUCAGUUGGAACCUUUCCAGCAGGAAGAUCUGAAAUACAACCAGAAUUUCACUGGUCAGCUAAAUGUUCACAUUUACAUUUUUGAUCACUGAAAUUGGUAAAUCGAUUUAAAAGUGUUUGUAUUGGGUUUAUUGCCGUUUUUCAACAUUAUUUCAGUUAUGUAAUAAUGGGCAGUUAACCUUAUCAUUGUUCUUUGAUUCUGCACCAGUACAAACCUGUUCUCCCCAGGUAAAUGCCAACUUCCUCACAUGAGUCAGAGGUGGAGGACCAUUGAUUUCAAACACAAUUUCUUGUAUCAAAUUGUCAGAGAAUGUACGCCCUGCCCGGGUAUCAAACUAACUCCCGGCUCUGCGAUCCGUAUAUCUGUACUCUCCCUAUUGAGCGUUAUCAG